AGCUCAUCUUCUUGGAUCGUUUUCACAGCUGGAACCGGGACUUGGAGGUAGGGGAGGAGGGUUCGGUAUGGCUCGGCUCCGGCGGUGAUUGGUGGGUUUGCUCCGCGGCAAGAUGGCUGCGUUGGCGCCGCAGUCAAUAGCGGCAUCCUGGUGAAAUGACGCAAGCCUCACAGCUCUCCUUCAGUCCUCCGAGGCUCCACUCUCCAUAGCGCAGAUUCCCACCGAGCGGCCCGGAAGACGGACCGGCUACUAGCCUCUCCAGCGGACCGAACGGAACCGGCGCCUCUUCCAGUGAGAGUGCGAUGAGGAGAGCUUUUCCAGUGUGAGGCCAUGGGCUGCACCUCGGCCAAGCAGGUGUCGGCCGUGCCCAACGAUGAGGAGGGACGUGGCAAGGCCUACAGCAAUGGAGACCUCUUUGCUGAUGAAUACAAGAUGAAGGGAGUGGAGGAGGUGAAGUAUAUGAGAGGGGAGGAAAACCGGGUGAACGCACGCAACCAGGAGAACCUGGAAAAAAGUAACGUGCAGCACAAGGGCAAGCAGCAGAAAGAAAUGACUACGGCAAACAUUAAAUCAAAUAUUCACUCGUCAGAGAGCCAACAGGAAUUCUUCAGGAUGCUGGAUGAGAAGAUUGAGAAGGGGAGAGACUACUGCUCUGAAGAGGAGGAUGGGACAUAGCACAGCGGCCCCCCCCUUUGAAAUUACACCAACUAAAACCCUCACAAAGUGUGUGUGUGUGUGUGUGUGGGAGUGUGAGAGUUGAAUCAGUGUUUUAGCAAUGGGGUCGUGCAUGUGCUGGGAUUUUCCGAUCGUCAUAUGGCAAAGAUAGUAUUUUAACAAGAGAGAACGGGACAAAAGGACACUUUCUUCAGAGACUGUAGCCCCGCCCCAAUCAUGCCAGGCCCCUCCUACCCCAGAGUUCACAAACAGAUGAUGGAGGGAGAUGGUUCCAGGACCCUUCAUGUGUCCCUUUCAACGAAUUGCCAACAAUCAACUCCAAAAAUUGCCGCCCACUGGGGACCGACUGAGGACUGAGGGGUGAUGUGAUGCCGCAUUGGACUCUUUUGGGCAGCAGGGCCGGAGAAGUGGACAAGGAAGAGGGAACAUUUUGUGAUAUUUUAAUAUGAGUCUGAGUCAGGAGCUCUCCUGCCUUCUAAGGUCGACCACCUUUUUAUUUUUUAUCCCAGCCACUUGUUGUUUUUUCUUCAUUUUUUAUUAUUAUUUUUUUUUUUAGCAAACGUGAUGUUGUUGCUCCUCAUCAGCAUCAUUCAGAGUUUCUCAGCCUCUCAACACGCAUCCUUUUUCAUUUCACCAGCAGACAUUCAUUCUGUCAACGUUUCUUUUUUUUUUAUUGUUAUACACACACACUCGGGCACUGUAGCAGCAAGCAGGGCUGAGAGCUCAAGCGGGUUGGAGGAUGCUGGGGGUUGCCGUGGAGACGAAGAUCUGAUCACAAUUUUCUUGACAUGUUUACUGGAGACUUCCAAUUGUAUUAUUUGGAUACUUUUUUUUCUAUUAAAAUAAAAACGGCAAAGCUCU